ACUCACGUGAUUUUAAUAACAAUGCUCUAUCCUUUUUCUCUGACACAUAAAAGGCUCUGGGAUGAGGACAGGCCUGUCCUGUUGACCUCCACAGUCAUGAUGGGUAAGAUCAUCUUCUACGAGGGCAGGAAUUUUGAGGGACGCCACUAUGAGUGCAGUGGUGACUGCACUGACAUGCACUCCCACUUCUCCCGAUGUAACUCCAUUCGAGUGGACAGUGGGUGCUGGAUGGCCUAUGAGAAGCCUAACUUUUCUGGGUACCAGUACAUGCUGACAAGGGGGAAGUACGCUGACCACCAUCGCUGGUCCGGCUUCAACGACUGCAUCCGCUCCUGUCGCAUAAUCCCAGCUUACAAUGGAAACUACAGGAUGAAGAUCUUUGAGAGAUCAGACUUUGGGGGAAAGAUGAUGGAGCUGAACGACGACUGCCCCAACCUGCAGGACCGCUUCCACCGGAGAGACAUUUCCUCCUGCAAUGUUAUGGAGGGCUACUGGAUCCUCCACGAGCACCCAAACUACAGGGGCCAUCAGUACUUCCUGCGCCCUGGCGAGUACAACAAGCAUAGCGACUGGGGCAGCAUGAGCUCUACCAUUGGCUCGGUGCGUCGCGUCACAGAGCUGAAGCAAAACAACCAAUAAAGCGGUCUCUAGAUCGCUCUGUCUAGCCAGGCUAGAUCUGUCUGACAGCCUGCAGAAGUCUAUACAUAUGUAGAGGGGAUACCAACAUGAGUCAAUCUCAGAAUAUGGUUGAUAUCAGGGAAUAAGGAGAUUGUCCUUUAGUAAUUAGACCACUUACUGAGAAUAUGGCUGGGCUGAAGAAAGCAAGCAGUGGAUUGGAAUCCUGGAGUAGAUUUGUAUACAAUAACAUUUAAAGGGCUUUAUGCAGACAGUCGUCAAUUUAUACAUACCAUAUCCUCACAUUGAAUAAUAAACCAGUGGACUGAAGGGACAGUAUAUUUAAUUGUGUCACUAACGCAGCAUGCAGCAGCAAAGACAGUUGCAAUUUCUUCCAACUGAGCCUGCUUAAAUUGUGUUUUUUUAAAACAUUAUUCUGACCUAUACCGAAACACGUGAACUUCAUGUGUCUAUGACAAAGUAACUUUGUUAACUUGUCAAUGUAGCACUGUUUGGAAUAUAACAAAAUCUUACCAGUUGAUGUAUGUGGUGUGAGACAAUACAAUGUUGGUGUGUUGACGUUCACUACAAGUAAAUCCAGUUUGAGCAAUCAGGUAUCAAUCACAAUAAUUAUUCAUAUCAACAAAAAACAAAAGUAUUUCUCUCUCACCGUGAUUGUGAAACAAAUGUGAUUGAGAACAUCAAGUACCGAACUGUACAUCAUAUUUAUUAUUCAAAUAAUCUGUGGCAUGAGGAACCAAAGAUAACAAACUUUCACUAUGGACCUGUAUUGACACCAAACAUGUGACCAUAAACAUGAAAAACAGAAGGGGAAAAAAGUUAAAAUAAAAAAUCAAAUCAAAUCAAAUAGGGCCAGUAACCAAUCAUGAUUACAAAUUAUUUUACCAUAAACAUUUAUGAGUGGUGGGGGGAGGCACAAAUUGCACAAAAUGGCCAACCUCUGUGGUCACUAUACAAAACAUUCUGCCGAGACCUUGUGCAGGGGAUUGUCAGACACACACGGCGAAUGAAUGGAUAUAUACACACUGAACAAAAAUAUAAAAACGGGGCAUGUAAACUGUUGGUCCCCUGUUUCAUGAGCUGAAAUAAAAACUCCCAGAAAUGUUCUACACACAAAAAGCGUAUUUCUCUCAAAUUGUGCACACAUUUGUUUACAUCCCUGUUAGUGAGCGUUGCACCCUUGACAAUAUAAUCCAUCCUCCUGACAGGUGAGGCAUAUGAAGAAGCUGAUUAAACAGCACGAUCAUUACACAGGUGCACCUUGUGCUGGGGAAAAUAAGGCCAACGCUACAGAGGUCUCAAGUUGAGGGAAUGUGCAAUUUGCAUGCUGACUGCAGGAAUGUCCACCAGAGCUGUUGCCAGAGAUUUGAAUAUACAUUUCUCUACUAUAACUGCCUCCAACAUCAUUUUAGAAAAUUUGGAACUACGUACAACCGGCCUCACAACCGCACACCAUGUGGAACCACACCAGCCUAGGACCUCCACAUCUGGGAUUGUCUGAGAUCAGCCGAUGAAACUGAGGGGUAUUUGUCUGUACUAAAGCCCUUUUGAGGAGAAAAAAACAAAUAUUUCUGAUAGGCUGGGCCUUGCUCCCCAGUGGGUGGGCCUGUCUACCAAGUGGGUGGGGCUAUGCCCUCGCAGGCCCAUCUAGGGCUGCAUCCCAUCCCAGUCAUGUGAAAUCCAUAGAUUGGGCCAAAUAAAUGUAUUUCAAUUGA